AUGGUUCAAUGCAGAAAUCUCAUCUUUCUCCUUACUAUAGGCAUGUCGGCCGCCUUCGAGAAUGCAUUACCCCUUGCCCUUCGGCAAAUUCAUCCAACGCCUCAUCCUAAUCAAAACUACCUAUAUCAAAUGUGUUAUCCCAAUCUAGCGAAUAUCACCCUUCUCGUCGGUUCCAACGCCGCCGAAAAACGCUUCCAAAUCAUGGCCAGUUCUCCUUUCCCCUGCGAGCGCAGUAACUAUAUCAUCUACGCCUGUCUCGCCAAUGGUACAUCACCUAUUGAUUUUCUCGCCGAGCAAGAAUGUAUCUGUCCCUCCUCAUUUUGGGAACUUGAAGCAGCGUGUACGGAUUGUCAUCUCGAGCAUGGAUAUCAAAAUAUCACCAGAGAGGAAAGUGAUGCGAGUAUUUCAAGUUUGAGUCAGGCGGAAUGUACGGCUACACCGGUGCAGCCGUUUACGAACUUUUUCUCGAUCAUCGAUGCGUCGCAAGCGUUGACAACGCCGGAUCUGGUGCUUGGAUCGGAUAGGUUUCCAAACCAGACGGCGGUUAGCAAUUACUAUACUGGCAAUACUCUUUGGACGAUAGGAAGUAUCACCGGAAGUGCAACGGCUAGAUUAACUAGCUAUACGGCAACGGAAUUUAGUAGAUUUACUCCUACGAGCACCGGAGCUCCUUAUUCGACGGGUACUAGUGGUAGUGCAAGUGAAAGCGCAAGUGGAAGUGCUAGUGGAAGUGCACAGACUACUACUAGCACUAGUGGAGCGGUAGGAUUGAAGAGUAAGAUGAGAAGUCCGGGUGGGGUUUUGGGAGUAGGCGCGCUGCUAAUGCAGUGUAUGGCGGUGAUUCUUACUGCUUGUUUUGCUUCGUGCUAG